CCGUACAUACAGCCAAUGGUUCGUGUGUGGGACCUCGGCCUUGCCUCAUUCCACGGCCGAGUGAAUCUCGGGACCUCAGGCGUUGACGUCACUGGGCGGUUCAGUAUGGGUCCUCGCGUUUAAGCACGGCCCAGACGUUUACUCUGCGGGAGCCAGGCGUCAACUCCCAGGCGUCAGGUUUCGCUUCACUUCGCAGAUUCUCCUGUCACUCUCAGCGCACCCCGUGUCGUCUCGUGCCGAGUUCUCUCCCCCCUCCGCGUAGCCAUUCCGCCGCCCCCCCGCGCGGCCGCGUGCGUUGGUGGGUGGCAUGGCGCGGCUGCCGAGCCUGGUGCUGCCGUGGGUGCCCAGCCCCAACGAGCGCGGGGCGUCGGCCGACCUGCCCACCCCCGAGAUCAGAGGCGACGUGCUGCGCGCGCGGGUGGCGGAAGCGCAGCAGACGGCGGCGAGCGCGCGCGUGGGGUGGGCGGUGCUGCACGCUGUGGUGGUGGCGGCGCUGCUGCUGCUCAACACGGCGCUCACACAGGCCCUCGUGCAGCACCGCUGGUGGUUCCCGGCGUGCUACGGCGCGCUCUUCCUCGCCACGCUCCUGCAGUACCUCUUCACCUCGGGCUCCUCGCCAGGCUACGUGCAGGAUGUGGCGGGCAGCAUUGAGGCCGCCGUGGCAGCAGCCAGGGCACGGCAUGCCUCCGCACAGGAUGGCUCAUGCGACCACACGCUGCCUGUGCCCGCCUUGCUGCCACCCCCAGGAGCUCCUGGGCAGGCAGCAGCGCCUGGAGCAGCAGCUGCAGCCGUGAACUCGUUGGCCGCAGCAGCACCCGCAGCACUAGUGCUGCCAGCACCGCCAGCAGCAGCAGCAGCAGCAGCAGCAGCAGCAGCACGGCAGGCUGGGCAGGUUGCAUUGGAGGAGGAGACGGAGGGGGGUGCUGGUGAGGAGGAGGAGAGAUGCGGGGAGGGAGAGGGCGAUGGGGCGAUGGAUGGGGCGGGUGAGCAAGGGGAUGAGAGUGGGCUGUUGCGCGCAGUCACGAGCCACAGCAAUGGGGAUGGCGCCUCUAUCGCUGCGCUCCCCCCCCCUCAUUCAUCGCAUUCAUCCCUCACCGUCUCCAGGUGGGGGACUCCAUCCCGGGCCUCUCUCCCCCAUGCCGCCCCACUCGUACCCCCACCCCCACCCACUUCCCCUGCUACUGCCCCAGCCGCUGCCCCGGCCUCUGCCCCCCCCUCCCUUGCGCGCGUCUCCAAGACUCCAGCAACCGAGUCUGCCCGCCUCCCAGACCUCCUCACUCCUCUCCUCGCCUCCUCUCCUCCCACUCCCCCCCCCACCCCGCUGCACCCCACUCUGCACGCCAGUCCUCACCAUCCUGCGCCGUUGUGCCGCUGCCUCCUCCCAGGGGGAAAGGCGACGGUGGGGGAAGGGGAGACGCGGGCAGGGGGGAGUUUGGUGUGAGCCCCCUAGCCCCUCCCCUCGUUCCCACCGGUGCAGGGCCCCAUGCCCCCUCAGCCUUGCUCGCCCCCUGCCUGCCAGGGUGCCGAUGGUGUGGCCACGUGGGGUGCACGUGGUGUGGGGAAAGGGGGUGUAGAUGGUGUGGCGAUAGGAGAUGCUGCGGAUGGUGCGGGGCCGGGGUAGACAUGGCUUGCGACGACGUCGAAAGAGGAGGCGGCGAUGGCGAGCGAGAGUGCAGUUGUUGCGGGGGGCGGGCAUGGGGUGCCGCCAGGGUGGGCAAGACAGGGGGGGAGGAGGGAGAGCGAGUUGAGGGGAGGGAGGGAGGGACGAGAGUGUUGCUGCUUCCCCUGUCAGCGCCGCCAUCGCACCUCACAGCAGCACAGUCGGAUCUCCUCAUCUCCCAAUUCAGCAGUGCGCGGCGCUGGUGUCCGUACUGCGCGGUGCAGCAGCCGGUGCGCGGGAAGCACUGCUACGACUGUGGGCGCUGCGUGCUGCGCUUCGACCACCACUGCUUCUGGCUCUCCACCUGCAUCGGCCUGCGCAACCACGCCCGCUUCUGGGUGUACUUGGUGCUGGAGUGCUGCCUCACAUGGUGGUCGCUGCUCAUCUGCCUCUCCGCCUUCACCGCUCCCAUCUCGCCAAACCACUGGUUGGAACACCAGCUCUCAGCGCUGGCCUUCACUGUGCUGCUGCUGCCGCUUGCUGUCUUCCUCGCCAUCCUCGUCGCCUUCCACACGCACCUCAUUCUCACUGCGCAGACUACGUAUGAAGCCACCAGGAAGCAUCGCAUCUCCUACCUGCGGGCCAUCCCAGGGGACGUGCAUCCUUUCAGCCACGGCGCCUGCCGCAACGUCCUGCACCUCUGCUGCCUCAGUCGCCACGUGCUGCCACUGUAUGCCGUACCAACGCCAGCCACCUUACAUGCCAUGGUCUCUCAAACUUACACUACGACGUCACAUGCAUGUGGCCCGUGUUGCUCUUGAUUUGUGGCCCAUGAGCCAAGCUUGUAUUAUAUUCCCCGUACGCAAUACUGUUGCUGUUAUGUUUGAUCAUGCCAUCCAUGAUCUACGGUGUAUCAUGUUGUAAUGAAGGUGUUUGUUCAUC